UAUAGUCAAAUAGGCGCCAUAUUCAAGAUUUGUAAACAAUCGAUUUGAAAUUUUAAACAGCACUUUGCGUAUAGUAUACCAUCUAUAGACGUAACAUUUUGUAAACAUAUAUACGGAUACAUACAUAUACAUUAGAAAAUGUUAUGAUUCGUGCAGAACUACAAAUAAACUUGAACAAUUAUAUUUUUAUCAAAAUGUAUAACGAUAGAAUGUUUUUCGUUAUGAUAAUCGCAUAAAAUAUUUCUCCGAUCAUAUCUAUAAAAUAAAUGGUUAAUUUUUAUUAGGUUAGAAUUUGUAUAUUAUCAUGUGAUGCUGUGCUCCGUUACUAUUUGUAAUUGGUUGAAUUGAUCUUUAUUUGUAUAAUUUUUAUCUCAUGGAAUGUUGCGCAAUAUUGCCAUAUCACAGAAUGGUUCUUUAAAGUUAUUAUUGAUUUUGAAUUUAUUGAUAGUUAUUAUUUAAAAUCACAGUAAUUGUGAUUCAUGCAUUUUUAAAUAAUGUGUUGAAUAUUGAUUUUUAUAUAUAUUUUAUAAUUUUUGUUGUGAUUUUAUCAAACUAUAAUGAGUACAUUCCAGUUACAACCUUGUAUAGAUCUUAAUCUUUCAAGGAAAGAGUUGCAAGAUCUUAUAGAUAAAGCCAAAGAUUGGGCAAUAAUGCACGGUAUUAACAUGAGAUCAAAGGAAAAUUUUAAUAAAAGUCAAGUACAAAUUGCACCUUUUGCUCUAUUACCUUCAAGCUUUCCAAAGAAGUGCUUUGAAAGAGCAAAAAAUAUACAAGUAUUAUUAAAUGAAAUUAUGCAUAAAGUAGCACAUGAUGAUAAUUUUAUUAGACAUACUUUAAAAGGAACAAUUGAAGUUGAUGAUUUUACUGCACGGUUAUUCAAUAUAUAUGAAACAGUUUAUAAGGAAGGAUUUGCACAAGAUAUUAGUCUUGGAUUGUUUAGAUCUGAUUAUUUAUUACAUAAUGGUAUUGAUAAAGAGAUUAAACAAGUGGAAUUAAAUACAAUUGCGUCUAGCUUUGCUGGUUUGUCCACGAUUAUUACGGAAUAUCAUAGAUAUAUUUUAAUGGAAUUAGGAUAUGCAGAUAAAUUAGAAUUUCUACCAUUGAAUAAUCCUGUUAUUGGACUUUGUAAAGGAUUAACUCAAGCAUGGUCAUUAUACAAUGACAAUAGGGCUGUGAUAUUGAUUGUUGUUGAAGAUAUUACCUAUAAUAUAAGUGAUCAAAGAUUUCAUGAAUUUGAAAUACGGAAGCUAAAUCCUGCUAUUAAGGUUAUCAGAAGAAGUUUAAACACUCUGGUACUUGAUGCACAAUUAGGAUCUAAUAAAGAAUUAAUUGUAGAUAAUCUAGUAGUUGCUGUAGUAUACUUUAGAUCUGGUUACGAACUUCAGGCAUAUCCUACUGAGAAGGAAUGGGCUGUACGUUUACUUAUAGAACGCUCUAAAGCUAUAAAAUGUCCCUCAAUACAAUAUCAUUUAGUAGGAACUAAAAAAAUUCAACAAGCUUUAGUUGAACCAAAUGUAUUAAAAAUGUUUAUAAAGGAACCUUCUUCUGUGGCAAAACUUCAAGAAAUAUUCACUGGUUUAUAUUCAUUGGACUUUAAUGUAGAAGCAGAGGAAAUCAUAACAAAAGCUAUACAGGAACCUGAAAAGUAUGUUCUUAAGCCACAACGUGAAGGUGGUGGUAACAAUCUAUACAAUGAAAACGUCAAAACAUAUUUAACAAAAAUGAGAAAUUCAAAGGAGCGCACUGCAUGGAUUCUUAUGGACCGUAUUAAUCCUCCUUCACAAAAGAAUUAUCUUAUCAGUCCAAAUGAUAUAAACUAUCAGUUAUCUGAUGUUAUAUCAGAGCUCGGUAUAUAUGGAGUAAUUAUAGGAAAUCAUACAGAUAUAUUAUAUAAUGAAGAAACUGGUCAUAUUCUAAGAACUAAGAUGUCAACUGAAAAUGAAGGAGGCAUUAUUGCAGGUGUUGGAGUUUUAGAUAGUCCUUAUUUAGUAACAUAAUAUAAAAGCAAUAAUUAUAGAUAUCAUUGAGUUAUAAAUGUUACAGAAAAGAAUUUUUUAGUUUUAUUAAUUAAUUUAGUCAUAAAUGUUUGCUAAAUGCAUAUACAAAAUAUUUCUAUUUGUU